UGGGUGAAGCUCAAGCGAGCAUUUUUAACCUAGGGCAAAAACGAUGGUUGAAAAUCACGAUACAAUUAGCCACUCCACCAAUGUCAGCUAUAGGAUACCAAGUAUGACCCGGUUUUCCAUUCCUGAAGACGAUUGCGUAGCGGGGCCCAGCAUACCGGCUCGUUCGCCGGCAUCCAAGAAACGCAGAACGUAUGAGGAGGAGGAGGAGGAGGAGGAUGAGGAAGGAGAAGAGGAAGAAGAAGCAGAAGAAAUUGUAGAAGAGGAAGAAGAAGAAAGUGGAGAAGAGGAAGAAGGAUCUGAAGAAGAAGAAGAAGCAGUGGAUGAUGAGGAAGUGCGUGAAGAAGAUAUGGUGCCGGAACAUGACGGCGUUAUUGUGAAGACGGGUACGGGUUCAGAGAUUUCGACUGGGGACGCGUCGGUUUCUAUGAUCCUGACCGACCCGGAUGUGUUGGAUUGCCCUAUCUGCUUCGAUGCGCUUACUGUUCCUGUGUUUCAGUGUGAGAACGGGCACAUAGCAUGCUCAUCUUGCUGCACCAAAAUUGUCAACAAGUGUCCAUCUUGUGCUUGGCCAAUUGGAUAUAACCGCUGUCGGGCAAUUGAGAAGCUCAUUGAAUGCAUUAAACUCUCGUGCCGAAACACGAAGUAUGGCUGCAAAGAAUCUGUCUUUUUCACCAAAAAAAGUGGGCACGAAUCUUCAUGCAUCUUCACCCCUUGUUCAUGCCCUCUUCGAAACUGCUCAUUUAUUGGCUCUUCAGAGCAACUCUACACUCACUUCAGCAAUCGGCAUAGGCAAUCAGUAAAGUACAUUGUUUUCAACUGUAUGAAAUUAAUAUCACUUGAAAAGAACCAGAACUGCCUGAUUCUUAUAGAGAAUACGGACGGUGUAAUCUUUGUAGUUAACCAUCAUAAUGAGCAUCUUGGAAGAGCUGUCAAUAUAGUUUGCAUUUCGCCUGGCUCAUCUAAGAGGAGGUUCCCUUAUGGAAUCAUAGCACGGGAUGGGGAUGGCCAUGUGGAACUGCAAUCAUUUGCAGAGAACAUCCCGAGUUGGUCAGAAGAAUUGGCUUUGAGAGUAUUCCUUAUGGUCCCUACUGAUCUUACAGAUUCUUUUGGCAGGCUGAAGUUGGAAGUUUGCAUAAGGGCCUCUUGAAGUUAGAGAUGUUGAUCAUACAUGUUUAUGAGCUCAACCACUUAACUAGCUGAUUUGAGCUCAACUGGGUUUAUACUUUGUAUUAUUUGUAGUAUACUACGUAUAAGUUAUACGAAGUAUUUGUGUAGAAGAAUCGUAUGGUUGUUUAUUGUGAUUGAACUGCUUCCUGUUUGGCUGUGCUUUUUCUUUUACGGACUAUAAAAUAGCGUUCGUCUUGAAUCUACAUGUAUUUCGUACUGGCGUACUGCAAUGAAGUGAUGAAUGAUCGAUCCAUCAAUCCUAUUGAUGUAUUGAAUCUUAUUUUGUUCAUA